AGAAAAAGGAGGCUGUGGACUCUCGACACAAUUACAAAACGAGGAGAGGAGAAAGGAAAGACAACCAGGCGUGGGUUGUCACACAAUAACGGUUGUUCUCCUUUUCUAAACGGAGUGAGACGCAGAGGAAUCCAUCGCCCUCCGCAUGCCCGAGGGUCGCGUGUUUCCAGUGUGGCGGGGGAUCGGGGCCAGCAGUGGCGUUGCAGGCGGCUGGAGCGAGGGCUGGGGACGCUGCUUGCGAUGGGAGGCUGACAGUCUGGGACAGAGGGUCCGCAUCCCAGUGUUUGAUUACCCCGUCUGGGUUGUCCUCUGUCAAGGCGGACAAGCCAGACUGAGGGAGGUGUGUCAGAGAGGGAGAGGGGCCAUCAGACUGCCCACAGACAUGCUCAGCAUCAAGCUCCCCGAGCUCUUUGACAUCCACCAGGUCCCCAAGGUGUUCAGAGAGGACAGCAUCAUCUCUGGAUACCGUCACCCUCGCAGCUCAGCGCUGGACUGCGUCCUCAGCAGCUUCCAGAUGAACAACGAGACCGUUAACAUCUGGACCCACUUCCUGCCAACAUGGUACUUUCUGUGGCGUUUCUGCGUCCUCUGCUCCACCCUGAACUUCCUGACCGACAGCUACUCCUGGCCUCUGCUGGUGUACAUGCUGCUCAUCUGCAUCUACCCGUUUACGUCCAGCUGUGCUCACACCUUCAGCACCAUGUCCCCUGAGUCCCGACAUAUCUGCUACUUCUUCGACUACGGAGCACUCAGCCUCUACAGUCUGGGUUGUGCCAUAAGCUAUGGAUACUAUGUCGUACCUGACAGCUGGGUGAACAGCUGGCUCCAUCAGCAUUUUGUCCCCAUCGCCGUUGGAAACACGCUUUUCUGCACCAGUCUGUCCUGUUAUUCCAGGUUUCUGGAGCUGCAGUUUCCUCACAGAAGUAAAGUCCUGCGGACCGGAGCUUUUGUCGUUCCAUUUAUAUUCGACACCAUCCCUCUGAUUUACAGGAUUCUUCUCUGCUGUGGAGGAAGCUGCAGCCCAGGCGACGCCUUGUCAAAUCACUGUUACCACCUCCUCUUCGCCUUCCUCACCUGUUUCCUGUUUACAGCUCACCUCCCGGAGAGGUUGGCCCCAGGGCGCUUCGACUACUUUGGUCACAGCCACCAGCUCUUCCACAUCAGCGCUGUGGUAGGGACCCACUUCCAGAUGGAGGGAGUGAUAGCAGACAUGAUGUCACGGAGGGCUUGGCUUGUGGCCCACGGAGCCAUGCCUUCCUUCCUCGGGACCAUUGGGGUGCUGGUGGUCAGUCUGGUCUUAAACCUGGGCAUCAUCGGCAUCUUCAGCGCCCCACUGCUCUGGAAACCCUGCCACUCUAACUCCAGCCAGGCACACACGACGACAACGACGACGACAACGUGUGAGCCCAAAGAGCAGUGAGAGCGUGGCGCUUUUUUUCCUUCAAUAUGGCUGCUUCACUUUCCAAAGGAAAGGUUCAGGCUGUUCAGCAGCUCUGAGUAGUUGUUAUUUAACAUCUACAGUUUUAUUAUUCAGAGAUAAAGAUUUUAUAACAUGCUCAGUGUUCACUCAAAGGCUGACGACCCAGAUGUUACAUAAAUCUCAUGUGGGAUUCUAAAAACAUGUCUCCAUUGUACAAAUGUCUUUAAUUUAUUUCUUUGUUUUCUCAAUGUGCAAAAAAAACAAAGCCUGGGUUGAAGGAAGCCUGCUGUUGGAACACAACUCAUCCACAAAGUGCCUUUUUUAUCAACUCUUUGUUUUCAGUGUUUACAGAAAAUCACUACAAGUUAAAAUCUCAAACUGGAACGUCUUAAAUCACAGUUUGCAGGGAUUAUAUUCACAUUAAUGAUGCUUCCUUUUGCAGAUACUAGGCCAGAACCUGUGUCACUUUAUAAAGAAAAUAUUCUCUAUAACUGGACUACAUGUGGCAUUGCAAAUCAGUGCGCUGACUCUACUCUACAUAUUAUAAUGCAGAUUGUGUUGCAGGCUUUUAAAUAUCCACCUAUUGAUUCCUCUCUGCACACACUGCGAUUGAUUUGCAGGCUUCUUUUUAUCUGAUUGCCUUCCUUAUUAUAAACCUCACAAUCUGCCCUCAACAGGGGGAAAAAUGUUACAGCGCUGCAGUGGUGAUUAGAAGACAGGUACCAUUUUUAUAACAGUGAGUUACCACGGCAACCCUAUAGUGGCCUCAUGCCCCCUGAAGGUCUUGAGCAAUUUUUAUGUUCCGAGCAAAUGGCACCAUUUUGCUCUUGUUCUUUCUUCACUUAUCAUAAAGUCUUUUUCUUGACAUUUAUUUUAUGUUCAAUUGCACUUAUAAUCCCUUUCCCCUCUAAAAUUGAGGUUUAAGCCUUUACAUAUAAGCAACAACAUUAAAUUUCUGACAGUUGUGUUUUAUUACAAGUUUUGUUUGAUUGAAGAAAGAUACUAAGAAAAAAUGUAUAUCAAUGCAUAAUUUGAUGUUAUGCUGUUGCAGUAUUUGAAGCCUGUACCUUUUAACAAACUAGAAACACUCCUUUUUAUAUUGUACUUUGUUGACUUAAUGACCCAUAAUAUUGAUUCAUACAUUUAAUGAAUCAUUUAAUGAAUCAUGUUCUUGUGUAUUUAUAAAAAUUUGCCAUAUUUAUUGGUUGUUAAAGGUGCAUAAACAUAAAUUAAGAUAACUAUGUCUGCUCAUGUUUUGAAGAUAAGAAUAUUAAAAUCCAUUUAAGCUCCUCUUAUCAUAAGGACUAUAAAUGAGUUUUUGAAAUAAAAAAGGUUUGAACUAAACUACAAUAUCAAUUGAAUAUUAAUGGUUAAUUUUUUUUCUUAAAACAGGUGAAAAAAAAGUGUCAGAAUAUAUUUUAUAGUCUUCUCACGUGAAAGUAUGUGCAUGCAUUAUAAAUAUUUAUUACAUUGAUCGUAAAUUAUCUGAUAAAACUAUAAUCUGCAGAUUAUGAGUCCAGUUUUAGAGAAAAAGGAGCCAUACUUGUGAUAGUUUAAGCCUCUUUAAUUAGCCUUUUUUUCAAUCUGUUAUAUAUAUCGUCGUUUAGACUCUAUAGAUUUGGGUUGAAUGUAAAGUAACUGAUCACUUUAUUAGGUAUACCUGUUCCGUUGUUAUUAAUGCAAAUAUUUACUUAACCAGUCACAUGACAGCAACCAUCGCAUGCAGACAUGCAGGCAAGGUCAAGAUAAUCUGCUGAAGUUCAAACUAAGCAUGAGAAUGGGGAGGAUAUAUGAUUGCUUGUUGGUGGUCUGUCAGACCUUCAUGUUGUUUUUACUCUUUUCUGAACUCCUACCAUUUGAAUCUUGCAGUAGAUAUCAAGAUUCUCUUUUCCAAGCCGUUCUCUAUAAAUCCUAAAGAGUGUUGUGCAUGAAAUUUCAUGCAGAUCAAUUCAGGCACCUUAUCCCCCUUUGUAAAGCUCAGUUUGUACUUCAGCAGAUCAACAUGCCCACAUCCACAUGCCUAAAUGCAUUGGCUGCUGCUGUGUGAUUGGUUAAUCAGAUAGUUGCAAUGAUGAGGAGUUGGAACAGGUGAGUGUUAUUUCCCUUCUAGUUGCUCAGGUUACAUUUUUGAAUAGACAUGGUGAUUCACAUUGUUCUAUAUUUCUUUAUCACUUUAUUUCAUAUGAAUAAUGAUGACUUUAUUCAUCGUACAACUUCCAAAAUCAGAGUUAAGGUGCUGCACAGGCAUACAUUAAACAAAGACAUGAUAGAGAUAGAGACAAAAAAGAAGAUUUUCAGCAACCAUUUUUGAAGACAAAACAAAUGUACUGAUUACUUUAUAAUGGAAUAAUAAGAAAAUUAUGACAGAUUGUGAUUGUCUCAAGAUUUAUUUCACUUGUUAUAAGAAAACUACAUAUUAUUGACUGAUAACUUUUCAAAAAUGAUCAAGAUUCAUAAAUUUAAGAGUUUAAUAACAUUUUCAAAUAAGUAAUAACAACGUUACAAAAAACUCAAAUCUUACCAAGUUUAUUUUUAGCCUGAAGCCUGUUGUAUGCUUGACGCAUCUGCAAGGUCAAACGUGACGUCAGAUAUAAAGACACGCCCCUUCGCGUGGGUCCUGUGCGGCCAACUUUCGUCUGGCUGUGUACAUCCCCGAAAUUUUUACAGACGCGGACGCGGCCAGAUGUCAAAAUGGCAUUAAACAUGCUACAGAUGUGAUUCUUGAAGACACUGCUCCCUAGCUUUUGGGAGACUAUCAGUUUGUGGCGAAGAGGAAGCCGGUGCUAAGUAUAAAUGCACCAGACGUUUCCGCAUCAUGAUUCCCACCUCAGUUUUUGUCCUUGCAGCCGUCCGCGCGGAAAGCAUAACCGAGCCUUAACAGUAUCUAAAUUCUGCUGCAAAGGGGCUCUCCAUCAAAACGCUAACAAAAGAUGAGUUUUGUUGUGUGGGCUGUUCGCAAAGCAUUCUGGGAUUGCUUGAAGCAUUAGAUAGUAAGGCCACUUUUAUCAGCUUUUCCCCCUCAUUAUGUGAAAUUCAUCCAAGCUAUAAGAAAGGUGCUUUAUUGUUUAAUAAAUGCACCUUAUGGAGUAUAGUUUUUACUAAACAGAGUAAUUCAAAACAAGAUGUAAGCACUGGAGGUGAGUUCAGCUGAGCGGUGCAUCUCUACUGGACUCAGAAAUGUCUAGUGGGACAACACUGUUAAUAGCCAAGGGUCGAGGGUCGAGCAACAGAACGGCAGCUUCUUGUAGCAGUUUGGGCUUCAUUAUGUAGCAGUCUUCGACACGACAUCCUGUGUUUCCUGUGAAGAAACUGAGGAUUCUCUGGGCAUUAAACACUGAUAGAAAUAUUUCAGGUAAUUUAAGUACAUGUUUGAAAUUAAAUAUAGCAUAGGAGCAGUAAUGUUGAAAUAACAUGAAAUGUAAGUGGAAAAAUUAGCAUACUGUACAUAAAGGCCAAAUAAAGCUGUAAUUGCUUAAACGAAGUAUUUCUUACCACUACAAGCAAUGUCGGCUUGUUUUUUCCUGUCUAUCUUGAAAUAUGGGUCUUUUCCAGACAUUUGAGGUAAAUGCAGCUCAUAGGAAGUGUAUUUUUUCCCCUUGAGAUCAGGCUGAUCCACUUGGUAAAAUUUGAGUUUUUGCAACAUAGUGCUUUGUUCAUAGAGCAGAAAAAUGUUUGAUCCAUUAUGAUGUAAAGCAGAGGUUCCCAACCUUUUAUCUUUAGGGCCCGAUCUCCUUAGCUAAGUCAAAUCAAAGAUCCAUUUUCAUUAUUUUAUUGAUAGAAUCUCUAAAUAAUCGACCGAUUUACUUAAUAGGUUCUUACCUGAAGAUCUAUGUAUAAACUAUCUGUUAUUACGAUGGUGUAUUUGGGCCACUUUAGAGAAUAAAAAACAAAGAGGAUCUGUUUAUUUUUUAGAAAAAAAACACAUCAAAAUUUUCAAGUUUACAAUGUUGUAAAUUAACAAGAAAUAUCCUAAUUUUUUACUUAUCACUGAGACUGAUCAAUAAGGGGAUAUUUUUGAUUUUAGCCCAGAAUUUUGAUACUGUCAUUAUCAUCUGGACUUAGAGGACACAUUUCUGUAUAAACACUGUUUUCAGUUUGCACAUUUACAGUGUAAGAUUGUCACAAAUGUAGCUUUAUAAACUUGAGUUUAUAAUGUUAAAAUUUAUGACUUCUUAAACUUGGAUAUUAUGAUUUUUUUUCUUGCAAAUGCAUGACUGUAAACUCAAAUUCUGAAUUUGAUUGCUUGUAAAUAUACAGCUUCAUCAACUCAAAAGUUUACUUUUUUCAAAAAUUUGCUUUUUUUUACCCUGAAAAAUGAACAGAUCCUCCUUAUUUUUUAUCUUUUACGGCAGGCAUUGAACAUUAUAUUCCUUAACCUUAUUUUUCUUUUUUAAGUAUGUGCACAUCUUAUUUUGAAAAUGUCAGACCAGGCAGGACCCUACACCCCUCUUCCUUAGAUCUCUGGUGACCCCCUAGGGGUGCCCAGACCCCAGGUUGGGAACCAGUGGUGUAAAGCAGAUGUAGCACUCACUGUAGGCACAGAUUUAGAUCAUUUCUGUUUUAACUUGACAAACACAUGGAAGGCUCAAACUGAAUAAAAUAAGUUUAAUAGCACUUACAAAUGUACUGGUAUUUAGUAACUCUUAUUCUCACCAAUGAUAAAAGAUAUUUCUAAACACAACCCACAGGAGCACGCAGCUAACAUUUUCACUCACACAAAUGUCUUUUAGCGAGUCGAUUUAAUGUGAAAUAAGAGGGAAAAUGUACGUGAUAUGAUGGGAGAGAGGAGUGUUGGAUGUCGGAGUAGAAAAGUCAGACGCAGAGAGAAAGUAUAGACACACAAAAGAGCACAAACACACACACACAGUCUUUGUAUUAGAGCAGAGGAGUUUAAGAUGUCUUCAAGGUUAGCGUGCAGAGUAGAGGAGUCACAUCGUCUUUUAUGUCGCUGAUAAAACACAGCAGUAUUUGUCCAUGGUGUGUUUUCCACCUCGCUCUGUUUCUGAGCGUCGAUCGAUUUUUAUUUUCUCCACUGUCAUCAUCUUUCAGCGUUCCUGCCUUUGACCCUGUUGAUUCCUGGAAUUGCAUCAUUACUGGAUUCUGAUGUUUUUCUGUGCCAUCGAAUCAGAGCAGCUCGGAGCUCAUUUAUUUCUCAGCUGCUGUUUUACACGUCAUCUCACUCCUUCAGUGCCUGAACUGUUUCAGCAGCUCUGAGUCCCUGAGCGUCCAGGGCUUCACAUCAUAUAGUCUGAUAAAUAUUGUUUUUUUGAGUCACAUUUUUUAAAUUAAAUAUGACCAAAUUUUCUAUUCCAAGUUGCAAAAAAAUCCCCAGACCGGACCACUGUUACUUUAAAGGCGUGUGAACCGUGCCAUUUUUCUCUUGAUGCAGGUUGUAAUUUUCAGGAGUCUUGUGAAAACUUGUUUAAAAACUGUUUUGAAGGAUGUUUUAAAAAUGUGAAAAGAAAGAAAAGACGUGUUCAGGAUGAAUCAUUCGAUACAACAGUUUCUCAAUGUCAAGAGUCAGAAACACAGGGUUUGUAAAGAUAACUGGUGCCUUUUUUAAAUGUUUUAUACAACCUUUGUUUUGAUACAAUGCUCCAACCAUGAACUACUCUUAAACAUGUAUAAAUACUCAUUUGUUCUUUGCUGUGUAUAAUUUUUAAUUUACUACAUUGUUCUACUAGGCUGGUGUAAUAAAUGAAACAUUUUAUAAAUGUA